AUGUCUCGUCUUAGUCGUGGGUGCUUGAAAUGCCGCCAACGACGAGUCAAAUGCGACGAAGGACGUCCCGCUUGUCGGCGUUGCGUAAACCGCAAUGAGGCAUGCGAAAGAUAUCGCGAUGAAGCAAGCAUAAUAUCUCGUCACGAGACAAAAAAGGUCGUCGAGCAUGUUAAUGCUAUAACAAUAUUGUCCGCUACGAUAACCCCGCGGAGUUCAAGAUGGAGGAGCCGAUCUACCGCGACGGGUCAUAUCGGAGCAAAUUGUCUACAACAUUUAGCGAUUCUUCUAAGCUCACGAUGGAAGAAGCUGUUGGAUUGA